AUGAUUGUGGGGCUCGUGGCCGGGCUGCUCCUGGGCCGGGCCGGCUACUACGCGGCGCUGAGCUGGUGCUGCUUCAGCAUCUUCGUCUUCAUGAUCCGCACGCUGCGCCUCAAGCUGCUCUCGGAGGCGGCGGCCGAGGCCGUUCUGGUGCGCGGGGCCAAGAACCAGCUGCGCAUGUACCUGACCAUGGCCAUCGCCGCCGCCCAGCCCCUCUCCAUGUACUGGCUCACCUUCCACCUGCUCCGGUGAGCCCAGCCCCGCGCGGAAUUCCGGGAAAAUCCGGGAAUUCCCUGGGAAAAAUCCCGGGAUUCGCCCGGGAAAAUCCCCGCUGGUUUCGGCGGUGUCAAUAAACGGAGUUUGAGGAGUUUUGGUGGUUUUUUUGGGGGGAUUUUGAUGGUUUGUCUCAAUUUUUUGGGUGUUUGGAUGUUUGGGUGAAACCCUGGAAUUCUGAGCCCCAGCCCCGCGGAAUUCCGGGAAAAUCCGGGAAUUCCCUGGGAAAAAUCCCGGGAUUCAGCGGGAAAAUCCCCGCUGGUUUCGGCGGUUUCAAUAAACGGAAUUCGAGGA